UCCUCUAGUCAAUCUCAAAGAGUCACCCUGUUUUUACUGUUUACUUUUUCACUUCUUCUUCUCUCUCUGUGCACGUCCGUUUCUCUUCCAAGUCCAACUUCUUCAAACCUAUUCAAAACCCUUUCAUUAUCUUCAAUCUUUGCAGAAUCGCUUUUUCACAAUCAUCACUUACACGAUUCUCUUUUACAGAGUGGAAAAAUGGAAAAGGCACUGAUUAAUAAUAGCAACCCUAGAAAGAGGAAACUGGUGCUUAGCGAUGAUGAAGACCAUGACAAUGAUAGUGGAAUUGGAAAGGUGUUAAGGUUCAAGAUUUUGUUGCCGAAUGGGACCAGUGUGGAACUAACAUUGCAGAGUUCAGAAAAUGAAAUGCCUUUUGGGGAUUUUAUUAGUUUGGUUCGAGAUCAAUAUUUGGAAGUUCGAAAGAAAUGCCAAUCGGUGAAGAAGAAAAGGGAAAUUAAUUGGAAGGAUGGUGGUUUGUUUCUUGAGGAUGCUUUUGAUGCUAAGAUUAGGAAUGUUAUUCAGUUUAAAAACUAUAUGCCCAAUAAAUGCCACAUUUUACGACUUAAUGAUGGGAGCAGUGAUGUUCCUCAAACCUUUGAGAAUAUGUGGGAUUUGACGCCAGAUACAGAUUUACUGCUGGAGCUUCCUGAAGAAUAUACUUUUGAAGCAGCUAUUGCUGACUUAAUUGAUAAUGCCUUGCAGGCCGUGUGGUUCAAUGGGAAAAAUAAUCGGAAGUUAAUUAGAGUAUAUGCGAGUAAAGAUAAGAUUUCAAUUUUCGACAAUGGUUCUGGAAUGGACGACUCUAAUGAGAAUUCCCUAGUAAAAUGGGGAAAGAUGGGUGCUUCACUUCACAGAUUAUCAAAAUCACAGGCGAUUGGAGGAAAACCCCCAUACUUAAUGCCUUAUUUUGGAAUGUAUGGAUAUGGUGGACCUAUAGCAUCCAUGCAUUUGGGGAGGCGCACUCGUGUUUGUUCAAUGACGAAACAUGUUAAGAAAGUGUACAUGCUAUUUCUUCAAAGAGAAGCUUUGUUAAAUAGAUCUAACUCUGAAGCCACAUGGAAGACAAAUGGGGGCAUAAGGGAACCUUUAAAGGAUGAAAUCAUGGAUUCUCACGGCAGCUUUACUAAGGUUGAUAUUUAUGAGCCAAAAGUAAAAGAUGUUGAUAUUGAUAAACUCCGGUGCCAACUCAAAGACAUAUAUUUCCCCUACAUUCAGAAUGAUGACUUGUCUGACAGAGGGAAGACUAUUACACCGAUUGAGUUUAAGGUCAAUGGUGUUGAUUUGACUGAGAUUCAAGGUGGGGAGGUUGCAACUACCAAUUUGCAUUCUUGCAAUGGUCCUGAAUUUGUUCUGCAGCUUCAUCUUUCAAUUGCACAAGACCGUGGUUCAAGAGAAUUACAAGAAGCAAAUGCACGCUUGAGGUUUGUAUAUUUCCCUUUCACAGAGAGAAAGGAGAGUAUUGAGAAGAUUUUGGAAAAGUUAAUCGCUGACGGCUGUAUGAUAAAGGAAAACUUCGAUAACUUUAGUCGGGUCUCCAUUAGGCGGCUUGGUCGUCUCCUUCCAGAUUCUCGCUGGUCUUUUCUUCCAUUUAUGGACUUCAGGAACAAAAGGGUAAAUAGUCACAGGGCAAGCAUAUUGAAGAGAUGUUCUAUGAGGGUUAAAUGUUAUGUUGAAACUGAUGCUGGUUUUAAACCAAUCCAGUCGAAGAUGGAUUUAGCUCAUCAUAAUCCUUUCACCAUUGCUUUGAAGAACUUGGGCAGUAAAAUUUCAGACAAAGAGACAGAUGUUUCUGUUGAAAUUAGCACUGCUACAAAAAUAUUAACUCCUUUACAGCUAGAAAAGGAGUACCAGGAGUGGUUAUUACAGAUGCAUAGAAAGUAUGAUGAAGAGGCUGAUGCCGGUGAGGAUAAGCCGGUUAUAGUUGUCAGUCCAGCAAACAAGAAUGCACUUGGCAUUUCUGAAGAUGUCGUUAGAGUUCAUCGGGUUCUGAAGAGAAAGGAUAGGUCUUGGAGUCAUGGACAGAGAAUUAAAGUUUUAAAGGGAGCAUGUGUAGGGUGUCACAACAACAAUGUUUAUGCAACCAUAGAGUACUUUUUGCUUGAAGGAUUUGAAGGAGACGCGGGUGGAGAAGCUCGGAUCAUAUGCAGGCCAAUAGAUAUCCCGGAUGGGAAUGGGUGUUCUCUCUACGUCAGUGAUGAAAACCCCACAUUGGAUAUUGGUCGCUCUCUGUCUUUACCUAUAAGCGUGAUUGACAAGGAAAAGCUUGUAGAUGUUGAUAGUAUUGAAUGGGAGAAUCGACUUAGUAAGAUACAACAGAAAUCUCUUACUUCUGUUGACUCUCCAAGUCCAAACCAUUGUAAACGAAAACAGGUUGAUGGAGUGAACUCAAUCAGUAAAAGUUUUGACAAGAGGGUGAUAGGGAAACCUUCUCAGUGUGCUGGGAAGUACGAACUUCUAACUGAUGAACAGAGUCCAGAGCUAGAUGUGAGGGUUGGUUCUACCUUUCCAACCUUAUCCAUUGCAUAUUAUGACAUCCAUGGUAAUCAAGCCCCUUUUCAAACAAUUCCGGAUGUGACAGUCAAGAUUCGUGCAGCAAAGGACAUGUACUUCAAAGUACACGGAAUAAAGAUUAGACUUGCAACUGAUAGAAUGAUUCUAAAAAUCAUGGAUUCAGUGGUUACAAGUAAUGAGUUGGACAAGAUAAGGCCGGGCUAUAGAACUACUUUGGUUAUUGCUUCAGAAAAAGUUCCGUUGUCACUAUCCGUUCCAUGUCGAGUUUUUCCUGGUUUUCCCGAACAUGUUGAACUGAAGCCUAAGAUAAAAGAAGACCAACUACUUCCAGGUUUCAUUUUCAAGGAGUUAAUGUUGGAGAUGUUUGAUACAUAUAGAAACCAUGUGUCUGAAGGCAUGGAGAUUAAUAUUGCUGUGGCUGGAUUUGAAAUGCUAAAUCAUUGUAGUACUUUAUAUAAGGUGGAUGAUAAAGGAAAAAUUAAUCUUAGUGGUCUACUAAAGUUAACAGCAGGUUAUGGAGAAAAUGCAUCCAUAUCUGUUGUGUUUCAUAAUAAAACAGUUUUCAAGCAGGAAUAUACUAUUGCGCGAAGAAUCUUGAGAAUUACAUCCGAGGUGCCUGCUAUUUGUGCUGCUGGUUGUGAGCUAGAGAACAUUGAAUUUGAAAUUGUUAAUAUUGGUGGAGAAGUAGAUGCGAAGUUUCAUCACAAUGAUCAAGAUUGCCAAUUUCACAUGCUUACAAUUAAGUCAGACUUGUUCAAUGCAGAGGAAUCUAUACGGUACACUUUCAAGCAUGGGCGCUGUACCAUUCCAUCCAUACAUGUUCCAGAUAUUGAGGGGACUUUUUGCUUUGAAGCUUCUCAUUCACAAUUUACAGAGCUAUGUCUGGCUGUAAAGGUUCAAGUAAUUAAAAUGUUGAUUGCAGAAGAUGUUGCACAACUUCCAUCCCUGGAGGAGAAUCUUUUUCCCCUGCAGGAAAUAUCACCAUUUAAUCAUGAAAGUAAUUUAAUGAUCUCUGUCCUAAAUAGUGAUGGCAAGAAACUUGAUGACAUUUGCCAACUUGGUAUGAAAAUUAAAAGAUAUGAAGAAUAUCUUAAUAAAGCUCACGAUGAUAAGGCUGUAACUGAGCAAGAGAUAUUGGUGCUGCAAGAUAAUGUUAAACAUUAUCAAUUAGGCAACAUCGACUCCUUGUUCACCAACACCAAAGAGGAAAUGACAACAAAAAUUGAAAGCAUGGAAAACUCUGCAUCUUCUGUCCUAUGCAGUCUUUCUAAAAAAAAUCAACAGAAUGAUUUCAUGGACGAAAUAAUUGGGGUUGUUGCCCUCCUUGGUUCUGUUCAGAGUCCUGAGCUUAGUAGAACUUUAGCUGAAUAUCUUGGUGAGGUUCAAAUGCUGGGUGUUAUUUGUAGAUCUUUCAAAACAGCAAUUUCUCUUGAAAGGUAUAAACAAAAUGGAGAAAUCGAUUAUGCGAGUGCUUUGCAUGCUGAAGCAGCUAGUCUUGGAAAAUCAGUAAACAAGCGUUUUCUUGUCAUGAGCUUUGAAGAUAUAAGGCCAUACAAUGGGUACUUGCAAGAAUAUGACACUCAGAGGAAGCUGGCAUUGCCUGAUCCUAAGUUACCAAAUGGGAAAACUCCAGCAGGCUUUAUGGGUUAUGCAGUUAAUAUGGUUGAUUUGGACACCCAUCACCUGAAGACAAGGACAGCAAUGGGCCUCGGGCUUCGCGAGACCGUUCUAUUUAGCCUAUUCAAGAAGGUCCAUGUUUACAAAACAAGAGAGAAUAUGGUAGCUGCUCUUGCCUGUAUAGAGGAUGGUGCUGUAUCGUUAGAUGGUGGUAUUAUUAGAGAAAAUGGAACUCUUUCUCUUGGUUAUGGGAAUCCUUUUGUAUAUUUUCCUUGUGCGAACACAAUGGACAUUUCUCCUGAAGCUAAGGAAAUCUUGACUCGGAUUGAAGAAAAGAAAGCAAAUCUGCUAAUGUUUGAAGAAGGUAUCACUAAAUUAACUGAACGUCUGCAGAAGUAUCGACAAAAAUUUGAGAAAAAAAAGGAGAAAUAUAUUAAUCUUAUGGAUACAAUUCAGCCUUUGGCCGAGGUAUUGGAACAUAAACCAGUGAUUGGGACACCUGUGGUAGACUUAGUUGAUUGAUGUGUUUUAUUUUCUAAGCUUUUGUUCUUCCAACAUAGUCUUGGGAUAGCCUUUUGUUACUGGCAUGGGUUAACUGAUGCUGUAUACUUGAUAGGGUCAUUCAGAUCACUUGACAGAUGUUGUAUACGGUUAUGAAUAUAUGAUCUUUUUUAAUCCAGAAUUUCGGUGUAAA